UCAUGCCAUAGAUGCCAUCAUGGGGGGCCGCGCCGGCGUGUGCCUUCGCGGCGAUGACGAGGGCUUCGACGACGACACGUUGGAGCACCGGAGCCCCGUGACGCAGAAGAACUGCAGCGAUGGCGGUCCGCGUGGCUCGUUGUGCUGGUCAGUGUCGGAGAUGCAGGGCUGGCGCGAGACCAUGGAGGACGCCCAUCUCACCAUCCCCUCCCUACGCGAAGCCGUGCAGGAAACCGGGACGUCCGUCGACAGCGGCUGGUCCAACGUGGGGCUGUUUGGGGUCUUCGACGGACACGGUGGAUUUCAGGUGGCCAAAUUCUGCGAGCGUCACCUGCCACAGGCGAUCGCAUCGAGGUCCAGUACUAACAUCGGCACGGCGAUGUCGGAAGCUUUUGUCGAGAUGGAUCAGCUCCUGAAAGAGCCUUCGGGUCUCAAAGAGCUGAAGAGGCUUUCGUCGCUGGCAAAGUCAACGCGGAGGAUCAAACGGCAAUCUGCGGAGGGCAUGGGAACGACGGCGGUGGUUUGCUGCGUCACGGCGUCCACCUUGGUGGUGGCCAACUGCGGCGACUCCCGCGCCGUGCUGUGCCGCGCCGGCCGGGCCAUCGAGCUGUCACAGGAUCACAAACCGCACGUUCCGGAAGAACGCGCUCGGAUUGAAGAAGCAGGUGGCUGGGUCCAAAACGGCUCGGUGCCCAGAGUGAAUGGAGAUCUGAGCCUCUCCCGCGCCUUGGGAGAUUUGGAGUACAAGGAUGAGAAACUGCCGCCGGAGCAUCACAUCGUGACCGCUGUUCCAGAAGUUCGCUCGGUGGCAAGGAGCUGCAAAGACGAGUUUCUGCUGCUCUGCUGCGACGGCGUUUGGGACGUCCUGUCGUCCCAGGCCGCUGUGGACUUCGUGCGGCACCAGCUGGGCGACAGCAGCAGCUGGGCCUGGCGCAUCGCGGGCGGAAAACUCAAAGCCUCGGAGAUCCUGUCGCAGAUGUUGGACCAUUGCUUGUCCCCAGACCUGUCGACUACGGCUGGACUGGGAGGCGACAACAUGACAGCGGUAUUGGUGCUGUUCCUGCCUGCGGUGACAUCCAUCGGCACAUAUCAAGGAUACUUUCCAGCAACGAAGAUUAUGCACUGGUGUUCGGAACCGCUGCCAUUGCGGCCACGGCUGCUGGAGGCAAAUUAAGGUGAGCGAAUGGCAGCAGCGCAGUUGGGGGUCAGGUCCAAAGCGACAACGGCGCAGCUGCGACGCCAAGUAUCAUCAUGCAACAGGACGUGUUUCUUGGAUCCACAAAAACAUGUUUAGGUAAAUGAGAUUGUGAAAUUGGAUAGGAUUGAUAAAAUCUUUUUUGGGGUGCCACUUGCCUCUUGCCAUAUUUGUGUGGCUGAGUAUUGUCG